AUGGCAGAUCCUUCAUUGUUCACCAAGACCUCAGGAAGCUCUUUCACUGCCCUUCUCAUUUAUGUGGAUGACAUUUUGAUAGCUGGGAAUUGUAAACCACAGAUCAAUGAGCUUAAAGAGUUUCUGGAUAAAUCCUUUAGGAUUAAAGAUCUUGGUCUCCUGAAUUUCUUCCUUGGAAUAGAGGCAGUCAGAACAGCAGAUGGCAUUAGCUUGUUUCAGAGAAAGUACACUUUGGAAAUUCUCAAAGAAAAUGGGUUCCUAGAAGCUAAACCAGCAAGUACUCCAGCCACAACAGGUUUAAAGCUUGUCAGUUUAGAAGGAGUUCCUCUUGACAACCCUGAGAUUUAUAGAAGACUCAUUGGGAAACUGUUGUACCUAACAAACACAAGGCCAGAUAUUUCACAUGCUGUACAACAGUUAAGUCAAUUUGUUGAUAUGCCUACCAAUAUUCAUCUCACUGCUGCUCAUAGAGUCUUUAGAUAUCUCAAAGGUUCCCCAGGGAAAGGUUUGUUCUACCAUGCUAAUUCCCAUGUGCAACUGAAGGGAUUUCCAGACUCUGAUUGGGCUAAUUGCAUUGAGUCUAGAAAGUCUAUUACUGGCUUCUGCAUAUACCUUGGUGAUAAUUUGAUCUCUUGGAAGACCAAGAAGCAAGCCACAGUAUCAAAGUCUUCCUCAGAAGCUGAAUAUAGGGCCCUAGCCUCUACUGUCUGUGAAGUCCAGUGGCUGCAUUAUCUGCUAGCUGAUUUGAGUGUGAAGUUUGAUGCUGCUACUCCUUUGUUUUGUGAUAAUCUAUCAGCUAUUGCUAUUGGUGAGAAUCAUGUGUUCCAUGAACGCACAAAACAUAUUGAAAUUGACUGCCACAUUGUCAAACAAAAGGUGCAUGAAGGGCUGAUCAAGCUGCUGCCAGUUUCUUCCCAAAAACAGAUUGCUGAUGGUUUCACCAAAGCCCUACCAAAACCUGCUUUUGAAAUCUUUCACUCUAAGCUGGGCAUUCAUGAUAUUCAUGUUCCAGCUUACGGGGGGAGGGGGGGUGUUGAAGUAUACAAACAAAUAACAAGUAGGUGGCAGUACAAAAUAGAAGCAAGGGCAUUCCUGUAUUUUUGCUUUCUUUCCAAUCUGUUAUAA